AUGAAUGUCGUGAAGAUUAUGUCUGUUCCAAUUUUAAAUAACCAUACUAGAGCUCAUGCUAAUAAUAUUAAUUUACCAUACUAUGUUUCUUUUCUAAAUAAAUAUCUUGACGAUUUUAAAACAUUUUAUUAUUACAAAAACAACACAUUUCACUAUAUAAUUGCUCAUUUUUCAUGCCAUGAAUGA